GGGGGGAGCGGCCGGGCGGGCGGGCGAGAGCCGCAUCCCCGGCGCUCGGGGCUGCGGGAGCGGGCGCCGGCAUGAGCGGCGGCUCCGCCGCGCCCAGCCGGGGCUGAGCCGGAAGACAAAGGGUAGAGCCUGCCGCCAUGGGGGAGCAGCUCCGCGCCCAGCCCGCCGCCCCGGCGGGGCCGCCGCCCGCCGCCGCCUCCUGCUCGCUGCUCGGCGGGCUGUUGCAGAACGGCUUCCACCCCUCGGGCCAGCCGCUGAGCAACGGCGGCUGCGGGGAGGCCUCGCACCCGCUGCUGCUCCGCCCGGAGCUGCCGCCGCCGACCGGCCACGGCUCCCCGGCUAAGAAAUGCAGGCUGCGGCGGAGGAUGGACUCGGGCCGGCGGCACAGGCCACCGUUUCCAUGGUUUGGAAUGGAUAUCGGUGGAACGUUGGUUAAACUGGUCUACUUUGAACCUAAGGACAUUACUGCAGAAGAGGAACAGGAGGAGGUGGAAAACCUGAAAAGCAUUAGGAAAUACUUGACCUCCAAUACAGCCUAUGGUAAAACUGGCAUUCGCGAUGUUCAUCUUGAACUGAAAAACUUGACUAUGUGCGGACGGAAAGGAAACCUGCACUUCAUCCGCUUUCCCAGCUGUGCCAUGCAUAGGUUCAUACAGAUGGGUAGUGAAAAGAACUUCUCCAGUUUGCACACUACGCUCUGUGCCACAGGAGGUGGAGCUUACAAGUUUGAGGAGGACUUUAGAACGAUUGCUGAUCUACAACUCCAUAAACUGGAUGAAUUGGACUGUUUGAUCCAGGGCCUCCUUUAUGUUGAUUCUGUUGGUUUCAAUGGCCAACCAGAGUGCUAUUAUUUUGAAAAUCCUACAGAUCCUGAACAGUGCCAGAAAAAGCCUUACUGCCUUGAUAAUCCAUAUCCUAUGCUGCUGGUUAACAUAGGCUCAGGGGUCAGCAUUCUAGCUGUGUAUUCUAAGGACAACUAUAAGAGAGUCACAGGAUCCAGUCUUGGAGGAGGAACAUUCCUGGGCCUGUGCUGUCUGCUGACUGGCUGCGAGACAUUUGAAGAAGCACUAGAAAUGGCCUCAAAAGGAGACAGCACCAAUGUGGAUAAGCUGGUGAAAGAUAUUUACGGAGGAGACUAUGAGCGGUUUGGCCUUCAAGGGUCUGCUGUAGCCUCAAGCUUUGGCCAUAUGAUGAGUAAAGAAAAGAGAGAUUCCAUCAGUAAAGAGGACUUGGCCAGAGCUACUUUGGUCACCAUCACCAACAACAUAGGUUCUAUUGCUCGCAUGUGUGCAUUGAAUGAGAAUAUCGACAAGGUGGUAUUUGUUGGCAACUUCCUCAGAAUUAAUAUGAUUUCUAUGAAGGUGCUAGCGUAUGCUAUGGAUUAUUGGUCCAAGGGACAGCUGAAAGCUUUGUUUUUGGAACAUGAGGGUUAUUUUGGAGCUGUAGGGGCUCUUCUAGAAUUGCUUAAAAUGACAGAUGAUCAGUGAUGAAGCUGCCUGAGGAGGUUCCUACUGCAGAUGCUGCUGGAUAAGAGUGAAAGCCACUACAAGGAUGGAAAUGAAGCCAUUAUGGUAGUUCUACCUGCUGGAUUUGUAAAUAAUUUAAAAUCCUUUUAGCUGAUCUUUAACUUCUGGGUUUUGAGCUUAUACUUUAGAAUUCAUACUGGGAAUACCGAGAUUUUUUUUUUCUGUACACUGUAUUUUUUAGGGGAAAAAAAUGUGCAAAGUGGCCAAACAUACAGAUUUUAUGGAUUUAUUUUAAAAAGUGGAUACUGUUUAAUGUGAUAUGAGGCAUCUGCUUUUCUUCUGGGGUUUACUGAUUAGUGUGGUAAUUUUAACUUCAUUUAGUAAUCACUCUAGGAGAUUUUUUUAUCUUAUUUUCAUGACGUUUCAUGAUUUGUUCUUGGUUUCAAAUGAAACUACAAAGCUGAUGCAUUUUACUGUGAAAACUAGUCAUUGAUUAUUUUUUUUUUUUUGCCUUUCCUUUCCUCAUUAGAUGAGACACUUUUUUAUUUAACAUCCCCCUGCACCUCCCCCAAAAAAUAAUUCACAAGCUUUCUGUGACUACCUGGGUUUCUCGGCAAGACUGCAGGAAGACUUGGUGGGGGCAGGGGGUUUAAGGUUGCAAUUUUUCAGUAGUCAUCACUUGCAGCAGGUACACGCUGCUGACUGGUUUUACAGGACUAAUUCUCCUCUAUAUUAAACAUUUUAAACGAGAUGCAAACUACAAUUUUAAUUACUUGCUUAACACUGAAAUGAAAUCCUGUUUCUGUUGAAAAUCUAUGCUCUGUAUGAAGAGUUCUUCAGUACAGAUGUUAUUUAUAUGGUACAUACUUGGCAUUAGAUGACACAGGGAGGAGAUUUGGUUUCAUUUAUUUGAAGACUUCUCUGUAGACUGCAGCUUUUAACUUGAUCUUAAUCAAAAACAACUGAUAACUGCAUUAUUCAAAGCCCAGUUUCUAAAAUUAUAAAAAAUACUGACUAAUGUAUUUUCUGGUUUUAAGGUGAUGUUAGCUUUCCCUCCAGGACACUAAGAUUCGAGUGCUUAUUCCAACACAGUAUUUUCUACCUUUUUUUGAUUUGUGGACCUCUCUGGAUUUCCCCCCCCCCGCCCAGUUGUGUUGAGACCCCUUUGAAAUCUAUGUACUUAGAUUGCUGCGUAGCAUGUGUGAACUUGCUUUUCUUAGACACCGUGAGGGCUCACAAAUCAGAGGCUGAAAACCAGUCCAUAAAUUAUUUUGUCUUGCAAAACUGUAUGUGAUGUCACAGAAUGUAAAGGGCUCAUUAGAGGGACAGUGUAAAAUUCAGACGUGUGUAUUAUCCAAUAUAUUUUUGGAAGGGGGUUUAUUUCACUUUUUUAAUAGUCAUUAAUUUCCAUAUCUCCCAAAUGUUGAAAUAAAUUAAUAUUAACCGAAGUGUUAACUUGUCUGAUGGAAAUAAAGACCACUACUGUUUUGACGGUU